AAACAACAACAAAGACAAACAAAACACAAACAAACAACAACAAAUACAAUACAAACAAAUCACAGGAAGACAACAACGACACAAACACAAUGUCUUCCCUGGUCCACCCAGAGCUGGAGGAGAACUUCUUGCGUAGGGGCUCUUUGGUGGACGAUCUGCUCAGGUUCCUCACAGAAUUGGCAAAGGCCAACCAAAUGGACGCCGGCAAGAAGGAGAAGGAGGCCAAGGUGGACAUUGACUAUAGUGCGGGUGUUACGGAGGACAGCUUUUUGGUAAUGUCGCGCCUUUCAAUUGAAAGAAGACAGUAUACCAAGAAAGAGUCCGUAAAUAAGAAAAUGAGCAAAAGGUCGGAAAUACCUGGGAAUUUGGAGCAAAUGACGUUCAUGCGCCAGAUCGGACUUAGCUACGAUUCACGUGCGAAGGCGCGCGAUGAACGCAUUCGCGUUGCCAACAAUUUUCGCAGACUGGGCAACGCUGAGUAUCGCAAGAUGAACUUUGACAAGGCGAUCGAGUAUUAUACGAAAGCCAUUGAUUAUAUCAGCGAUUCGGUAGUUCUCUAUGUGAAUCGCAGUAUCUGCUUCGCCAAGAAACGCGCCUUCAAGCGAGCCCUAAUUGAUCUGGACUAUAUCCUACUGAACCUGGACGAGCGCUGCCUGCGCGCCUGGCUAAUCAGGGCCGGGACCUGCAAGCGGAUGAACGAUGAACGUGGCUAUCAGACCGCGGUGGACAAUGCGCGCUCACUCAAUCCAUCGCAGGGAAAGUAUAUCGAUUAUUUCCUGGAUAAAGUACGCUCCGAUUUCUAAGCUGCACUUGAUUUAUAAACAUACGUAUUAAUACAUUGACAUGUUGAUACACUAAAGAAAGGGAAAUAAAAUGAAUGAAUUAAUUCAGCAAAAAA